UUAAAAAUGUGUAGCCUCUCCAUCAAACCAUCGAUGACCCAUCUUUAAUCGAUAUCCCAGAUGACAUCACUAUGACAUCAUAAGGAGUUAUUUCUAUCAAGACUUGACAAAGCGCCUCCCCGGACACACAAUAUAGGUCUUGCAGCUGUUUUAGUAAACUGACUGGAAGCAGUUUCUUGCUAAAUGGACACAAUAAAACAGUUAACGUUCAUCAUCAUAUUAUAUCAUCAACCAGCCUCAAACUCCGUGCCUGCAUUGCCACCUAGAGGUAGAACCAGGAAACGUGCUUCCAAUAACAAAUCGGCACAAUUUCCCCGGCCAUGAAUCGGUCCCUCAGAAAAUGAUGUGGCAGCCUUCAGUGAGGAAAAACACUCCUCUGCUCGAGUCGUGAUGAGGUGAACCGGCGGAGCUCCGAGAGAGAGAGAGAGAGAGAAAGAGACCACCAACAUCACCGUGCAGGAGAAAACGGAAAAACGGCUCUCCCCUCAGUGACCAUCCCCGACGCCCACACCUCCAGACUGGAGCCUCAAGAGGCAGCUGGGUCGGGAUCAUUGAAUGUAAGAAGAAGCUCGGGAUGCAUCCAUGUCCCGGUGCUGCUUGACAUGAGGAUAAGACGACGACGUGUUCUCCGGUGACACGGCGAUGUUCGUUGCGUUCCAUUCAGACCGGCCCGUUACAAUCUGAGAACAACCGAGCCAAAUCGCGGCGGUCAUUCGCCCACCACUCACAGGGGAUCCAGGCUUUAGCCAUACUGUCUGUCUGCUGUCAACUGUUGCCUAAUUCCACUGUAAAUGAAUCUUAUAAGGUUUAUGAACAACCGUGUUCCUCCUAACAAGAGAUACCAGCCCACAGAAUAUGAGCAUGCUGCCAACUGUGCCACGCAUGCGCUAUGGAUAAUUCCCAGCCUGCUGGGCAGCUCAGUGUUGCACUUCCAGUCAGAAGACCAAUGGGAGCGGCUGUCUGCCUGGGUGUAUGGGGCGGGGCUCAGCUCGCUCUUCAUCAUCUCCACCCUGUUCCACACUGUGGCCUGGAAGAAGAGCCACCUACGGUCUGUGGAGCACUGUUUCCACAUGUGUGACAGGAUGGUGAUCUAUUUCUUCAUUGCAGCCUCCUACGCCCCUUGGCUUAACCUGCGGGAGCUGGGUCCCUGGGGGUGUCACAUGCGUUGGAUGGUGUGGGUCAUGGCCUCUUUUGGAACCACCUACGUCUUCUUCUUCCAUGAGAGGUAUAAGAUCACGGAGUUGAUCUGCUAUACGGUGAUGGGAGUUUUUCCUGCCCUGGUGAUCCUCUCAAUGCCGGAGCAGUCAGGGUUAUAUGAGCUGCUGGUGGGCGGAGCCUGCUACUGUUUGGGGAUGGUCUUUUUUAAAAGUGAUGGCAUUGUCCCAUUUGCUCAUGCCAUUUGGCACCUGUUCGUAGCUAUGGGAGCAGCGAUACACUACUACGCCAUCUGGAAGUACCUCUAUGCCCAGCCAUCCAGUCAGAUCCAGACCUCCAGAUGACAUCAGCGCUGACCUCACAAGUGGCUCUUGUGUUUGAGCAACUUCAAGGGGUUAAUGCGAGCUGCGUCCCAAUUUAGGAGUUGCCUCCUUUAGAAAGCAAGUGAACUUCCUGCACAAAUAAGACGGCGUAGCCUUAGAGUGGCAAAAACAUGCUAACAUGCACACAAUGAAAAUGUAACAUGCUGAUGUUUAGAAGGUAUAAUGUUUCUUAAUAAUUAUAUAAUUAUCCUCAAUUUAUCCUGAGAGGGCUCAGUGUCUGAACUGCACCUACUUUCAUGGAAAUCUAUCCAGUCAAAACACUUCAUUUAAAGCCACAAUUACAAACAUCAUGAUGACACUAGAAGCUUGGGGAUCACCAAAGUUAUUGAGAUAGGCUAGAUCUCAUGGGGACCAUAAAUGUCUGUACAAAAGUUUGUGAAAACACUUUGGUGGCACAAAAGGAAAAGUCAAAAGUGGUGAACCGUCUAACUGAUCAACUUUACCAUCUGUAGGCUGGCCAGCAUGGAUAAAGAACCAGUAGUCAAACACAGGCAGGUUUAACGAUAACUGAGUUUACAGUACCAUUUGUGAUGUUUCACCUUAACCCUUAUGCCUGGCUGCUAUUAUUUACAUAAUUUCUAUAUCAGUUCAUGAGGACAUCUGAACGCAUCAUUAAGCAACUGCCCCACAAGCAAUGGAUUGUAGGUGGAUACUGGAAAUAAUUCACAGGUUAUUUGCCAAAUGUGUCAAAAAAGAGGCUGCGUUUGGAGGACAUUUACAUGCAUUUAGGCAGCCUUUUAGCCUGUUGUAAAAACUCUGGAUUUCAAAGGAGGCAACCCGUCAAUCAGGACACAGCUCUUUCUCUUUUUCUUCUUUUUUUUACCGGUCCAGUUCAGUUCAAUCUUACAAUAUUUUGCAGGUACUUUGGUUUCAUUCCAAUGAUCAGGGGUUUACUUACUAUUCUUGGAGAUUUCUCUCUAUGUGGUGCAUGUCCUGAUUCAGUGUUCAGAAUUGAAGGCAUUGUCUUAUUGUCUUAUUGUCAAAUGGAGGACAGUGUUUACAAUUAGCUAACUUGACUAUCAUAAUUAGUUUCAGGACAUUAUUUAAAGUAUUAUUAUCAUCAAUGACAGAAGGUUAUGGUUUGAUUAUAUUUUGGAAGUUGCAACAUCAGUGAUUUAUUAUUCCAAUUCAGAGCGCUAGAUAGUAUUAUUACUAUACUGUUAGUUGUGCUAUCUACACUGUAGUAUACUGUAUGGUUUAACAGCAGUUGCUUCAGUCAGUGAUUAACUGUGAUUUCUAAAUCAGGCAUGACUGUAGAAUAAUAUUUUCUUUAAUGUCGAACAUACAGAUGUUUAUGGUUUUGGUCUCGGAGACUUUACUUGUUAGCUUCCACCUUUACCUGGCUCGACACAGUAGAUUACCAAGCAUAAUUCCUGAAUUCUAAUAGUUUCCUGUUGUUGAUUAGGUUUAGUAAGUGGAGAUGUCAUCAGUACAAUUUAUACAGUAUAUAUUUAUUAAUGACGUACAGUAUAUGUUGACUUUAUCUAUAUUUUCUUCUAAUGUACUUAAAGUAUCAGCUGAUUAUCUUCGUCAUCUUCAACUUAAUGAAUGGGACCCAUUUGAUAGAGUCAAAGUUACAUGGUUGAACCUCAGAAAGGAAAACCACUGUCUGAUUCAGCACUGCCAGAAGACUGACAUACUGCCGUACCUGAUAGCACACUACUACCAUAAACGUUUCACUCUUGAAAGGAAACUCAAGCUAUAGUAUUGUUGAACAAUCUGGCCCAAUAUCAAGGCAUCUCAGGUGUGUGUGUGUGUGUGUGUGUGUGUGUGUGUGUGUGUGUGUGUGUGUGUGUGUGUGUGUGUGUGUGUGUGUGUGUGUGUGUGUGUGUGUGUCCUAUACUGUCUGACUCCCAUGAAUCCAAAGCCUGUAAUCGGCUGAGUCUAUGUUUACAUGUAAACGCAUGUACCUUGAACACAUAAAAAGUAUAUUUCAAAUAUGUAUGUACUCUUAGUGUUAAGCUUUAUGUGGUAGCACACGGUAGACUGGACGAGCUUGAUAAAUGUGGCUAGAGGACCAAAAGGUCACACCGUCUAAUAUUCAUCGGUGGAAAAGAAAGUUAUCUUGUUUAACAUUUUUUUGCUGCUGUCUGUCUCUCAGGAUAUGAAUCAUUUGGGCUUAAAAUCCUGUGAAGCCACAUUCAAGGACCACUGAAGCUGCUCCGGUUGUUUGGGCGCUGUCUGUCUGAAAUGAUCAACUGUAAAGCUGCUUUCUUAAAUGCUGGCACCACUCCAUACAGCUUUGCUUGCUUACUCAAAUCCCCAAGUAGGGCGGAAGCCCCAAAUGUUUACUGAAAGUUUUAAAUAUGGGUAAUAUUUAUAAAGUAAUCAAACAGGAGAAAACUUUAAGGCAGACAGAAAUUGAAAAAGAACCACUACAGGCAGCAGAUGCGUUUUUAGAUCAUAACAAAGAACUAGAAAACAUACAUUCACCAAAGCUGCACAAGUCCCUAAAUGUGCUGUAAAAUCCACAAAAUAUGCAUUAAGAUUUGCAUCAAACUACACUGUGAUGAACAUUUAUGAGAGGCAUUUUCCUCCGAAUAUGUGCAGUAGUUCUAUAGAAAGUGAGGAAGGUAAAAAAAAGUCUUAUCUGCGUUGUUAAUAGGUCAUAAAAAAAAAAGUACUGGCCAAACAUUUUUAACAAAGGAGCAGCUGUGCAGGAGCAGUGUCCUUUGCUACAUAACUGCCCCUAAUCAGGUCUUGGGAUAUACUUUUAAAAUGUAAUUAUGUUCAUUCUUCAAUAUAACUAUAGCUUUUGCAGAUCUAAUUUACUAACCAGCAUAUGAAUGCAUCAUUAAACUGUAGGGUCCAAAAAGAAAAUCAUCUAGUGA